UCCACGCGGACAAUACUCCACUCAAACAUAACCAUGCGCUUAUUAUCAUUCACUUGUUUAUUCACGAUCUGUCUUGCAACAGAAGAAUAUCAAACGAGACGAGCUCAAUUACUCCGCGAUGAAUCGAGACUAUCAAUAGGAGGUAAAAUAAUCCUCACAGAUAAAGAAACUCUCGUCAAUAACUGCCUGAUGCAGCACAAGUUCAGAGAAGUGGAUUAUGGCUUUGCUAAUCCGCAAUAUUAUAAUUUCUCACGACAUUACUUCUCGUACAAAGAUCAAAUAAGGAAAUCCAAAGUUUUCAAGAUAAUACGAGACAUGCCGAAAGGAGCGGCUUUGCAUAUUCACGAUAUGGGUAUAUUGGACCCUGAUUACGUCCUGAAUAUAACAUACAUGGACAAUCUAUACGUUUGUUUUCGAAAUGAUCAAUUAAAGUUAAAGUUUUCACACGCACCGCCUGAUUCAUCGUGCGGAUGGCAGCUGAUGAAAGACGCGAGAUUUUCUUCCAAGAACGUAACAAAAUUUGACGCUGAUCUGCUGAAAUACUUCUCAAUAUGCGUCGAGAAUCCUGAUAUUAUCUACCCGAGUAUCAAAGAAGUGUGGGGCGCGUUCACUGGCUACUUCGUAACUGUUGCCCCUAUGAUGGCCUACCGACCUGUUUGGGAGCAAUACUUUUAUGACGUUUUGAAAAAGUUCAGAGAAGACAAUAUAAUGUAUGUCGAAGUGCGGAGCAUCUUGUUAAACUUAUACGAAUUGGAUGGAACGGUGUAUGACCCUAUAAUUACCGCAAAAACAUAUCAGAAGGCAUAUAGACGUUUUAUGAAAGAUUACCCAGAUUUUAUCGGAGCUAAGCUAAUAUACGCGCCACCAAGGAAUAUAGAUCGCGCUAAAUUGGACGAAUAUCUAAAUCUAGCGUACAGAAUAAAAGAUACCAUGCCUGAAUUCUUCGCUGGCUUCGAUCUAGUCGGUCAAGAAGAUGUAGGAAGUCCUUUAGUAGAAUUCAUCCCGCAAUUGAGUGCUGCUGCGAAAGAUUUCAACUUCUUCUUCCAUGCGGGUGAAACUGAUUGGUACGGAACUUUUACAGAUGAAAAUCUAGUUGACGCUGUGCUAUUAGGUGCUAAAAGAAUAGGUCACGCGUACGCGCUGCCCAAACAUCCGAUGGUGAUGAAAGCGGUUGUUGAAAACGACAUUGGUUUAGAAGUGAAUGUGAUAUCGAACGCUGUGUUAGCGUUAGUGCGUGAUGUUAGAAACCAUCCGUUAAGUACUUUCAUUGCCCAAGGUUUGCCAGUAGUGCUAUCCAGUGAUGAUCCAGGAAUCUGGCAAGCUGACCCGUUGUCUGAUGACUUCUACGUUGCCUUCGUUGGUGUUGCCAGCCGUUUGUCAGACUUGAGGUUGUUAAAGCAACUCGCAUUGAAUUCCUUAAAAUACAGCGCUUUAGAUCAUAAUGAUAAAACGCUUGCUUUAAAUAAAUUCAAUCGCCGCUGGAACGAGUUCAUUACUAAUUUUAACUGUUCACAGUAUUGAAUAAAUAUACAUAAUUCCAUGUGA